AUGUGGAACGGAAUCAAUGCUGUGCCGCACAUCGUGUGCGAGGCGGAUGCUCCUGGUCCGCAGCUUCACAGCGCUCCAGCUUUAACUUCUCCAAGUUGGGAACAGAUGUGGCUCUUGUGGUACUGCUCAGAAAACGCUCGAAAGUCCGUUAUACAAAUCGCCACGAUUCUGCCCAAAAUGGGAUUGGCUGUACGGGAUCCUAAUGUUUUCAAUCCGCUGAUCUCCGUCAAUAUGUUGACCGAUCAACUCAUUCAGCUGACCACUCCACAUAAUCUAAAUUUCGGACAGUUCGUGCAAGCCGGGGUACGUUUAGUUGUUAUGUAUUCAUUGACAUGGGCGGUUUGAACGAAAAUGUGUUUGAUAAAGCGCCAUCUGAUUUGCCGGAAAAUCCAGUGAAUCAGGUAAUUGGCAAGGCACAAAGUAAAUAAGAAAUUAAAUUUGAAGCAUGAGCAACUGCAACAAGGAGGCAACCCAGGACUGAAUGUCCAGCCUUCUACAGAUAGAAUUAGGUCACCCAAUCCUAAUUUUCUCAAUCCUCUGGGUCCCGUAAAUAUGUUGACUGAUCAACUCCAAUGGCUGGCCAGUGCACAAGAUAUUUUGAACAGUUCUGGAGAAGCAGGAAUAUUUCUCGGACAGGUCAUGAAAGUCGGGGUACGUUUAGUUCUUUUGUAUUCUUUGUCAUGGGUUUUUGAAGGGAAAUGUGCUUGAGCAAGCGCCAUCGGAUUUGCCAGCGGAUCCAGUGAAUCAGGUAAUUGGUAGCAAGACACGAAGUACAUUGAAAAUGAAAUUCUCAGCAUUCGCAACAGCAACGAGGAGGCAACUCAGGACUGAAUAUCGCUCCUUCUAGAAAUAGAAUGAGAUCACCCAAUGCUAAUAUUCUCAAUCCUCCGGUCGCCGUCAAUAUGCCGACUGAUCGACUCCUUGAGCCGACCACUCCACAGCAGGUAUUGAUCAAAGCUGGCGGAGCUGGAGUAAAUCCCAGACAAUUCGUGCAAGCCGGGGUACGUUUAGUUGUUCUGCAUUCAUUCUAAUGUUUUGUUUCAAGGCAAAUAUGUUUGAGGGAGCUCGCCCCACCGUGACAGCUUUGAAUUUGCCGGAAAAUUCAGAGAAUCAGGUAAUUGGUAACAAGACAGGAAAGCAAUGAAAAGUGCAAUUUGCAGCAACAGCAACAGUAUCAAGGAAGCAACUCGAGACUGAUUGUCGAUCCUUCUACAGAAAUAAUGAGAUCACCCAAUUCCAAUAUUCACAAUCCCCCGAUUGCCGUCAAUAUGUCGACUGAUCGACUCCUUGAGCCGACUAUUCCACAGCAGGUAUUGAUCAAUUCUGGACAAGCAGGGUCAUGUUUUGUGUGAAUUAGAGUGUCGUCUCGUCGAGACUCGUCUCGCAAAGUUGCGAGAAAUCUCGGUCUCUCGCCCUUGUGUCGUCUCGUUUUUUUCUCGUCUCGGUCUCGUUUCGUUUCAUUAUCAUCUCGGUCUCGCCCUUUCUCGGUCGUCUCGCCGUCUCGCCCUUUCUCGGUUCUGUCUUGUUCUCACCAUUUCUCGUCUCGUCGUGUCUCGGUCAUCCGCCGUCUCGCCCUUUCUAGUCUCGCCCUUUCUUGGAUUCUCGCCGAAAAUUUCUCGCCGAGACGACACACUAGUGUGACUCAAGUGAAUCAGAUAAUUAGUGACAUAACACGAAGUAAGUAAGAAAUUAAUUUUUGCAGCGACUGCAACAAAGAGGUACCUCGACACUCAACGUUGAGCUUUCCGCAGAAAUGGUAAUGGACGCAGCUAUAGUCAAAAAUGAGCCAGCAACAUCACCAUCACCGGAUAACCAAGUGUUGGUUGGCGGGAGAGCGCCUCCUGUUGUCGGAACAAGGACACCAAACACCAGAGUACGUGCAUCUGCAUUUACUGAAGUUAUACCACGACAGCGCCAACAACGUAACGUUACUAUGCCAUAUGGUAUGAACCUGCGAAAGCGUCGUGUUAUCUACGAGCCGAGUUUAACGGGGGACGACAAGCAGGACCAACAGACAAUCAAGAAAAAGUGUAACGAAGUAAGUAUAAAAAAAUGCCGAUAACAAAUGCACAAUAAAUAUUUCGUAGAACACACCGUCGGUUCCGGAAAUUAUGCUUCUUUUCAAACGGGACAUUGAAGUCAACUACCCCGAUAAAAUGGAUACCGUUCUAGAUUUCAUGCUUGACAAGUGGAUUAUGAGCAUGCAAAUACACGCUCGUCAGCUAAAGAAAAGAUUCAGAAAGCGGACAGUGUUCCCUAUACAGCCGGGGACCUUUGUGGUUGAUCUGAAUGAGCACCUUCAUGGCGAAGAUCCAAAUCUGAGCAAUCUCGUCAGAAAGCAUCUGAUCGACCUUUUCUACGUAGUGAAGAAUUUCGGAGAAAGUAUAGUACAGGUGAGCCCAGCAUGCCUGUCAAAAACUCUAAUAUAGUAGCUGUUUCCAGGAAAUCGGAGAAAUAGUCUUGAAAUGGCAGUACGAACGUCUUAGAUCGACUGGAAACACAAUCAGAAUCCCUCCAACUGUUACCACUCAAGCACCUCAAUAA